UGAAAAUGCUUGAGGGCCUCUUUCUGGACUCUAGCUGUGUGCUGUGUUUGGUGUCUAAAUCAUCUUCUGUUUUUUUCAAACAGAAUUCAGCUCUUACCGUGAUGUGCGUGAGGUUACGAGUGCUUAUGCUGCUGCUUCUCUCCGGACGUGACGGGCCUGGCAGUUACACUGUGGGCACCAUGUCGGAGCGCUUUGACUGCCACUACUGCCGCGACCCGCUGCAAGGGAAGAAGUACGUGCAGAAGGAGGGCCGCCACUGCUGCGUCAAGUGCUUCGAGAAGUUCUGCGCCAACACCUGCAUCGAGUGCAAGAAACCCAUUGGUGCCGACUCCAAGGAGCUGCAUUUCAAGAACCGUUACUGGCAUGAUGACUGCUUCCGCUGCUUCAAGUGCUCUACAUCCUUGGUCAACGAGCCCUUUAUGCUGAGGGAGAACAACAAGGUUUGGUGCAGCAACUGCACUGCCGCUGCGGAUGCACCCAGAUGUAAGGGCUGCUUCAAGCCUAUUAUUGCAGGAGACCAAAAUGUUGAGUACAAGAAGAUGGUCUGGCAUAAGGACUGCUUCACUUGCAGCCAGUGCAAGCAAGUGAUCGGAUCUGGGAGCUUCUUCCCCAAGGGUGAUGACUUCUUCUGUGUCUCCUGCCAUGAGCAUAAGUUUGCCAAGACCUGUGCUAAAUGCAAGAAUCCCAUCACUUCUGGAGGUCUCACUUACCAGGAGCAGCCUUGGCAUUCAGAGUGCUUCAUUUGUUCCAACUGCAAGAAGCAACUGGGUGGGAAGCGCUUCACAGCUGUAGAGGAUCAGUUUUACUGUGUUGACUGCUACAAGGAGUGUGUUGCCAAGAAGUGUGCUGGCUGCAAGAAUCCUAUUACAGCAGGAUUUGGAAGAGGAACCAGUGUGGUUAACUACGAAGAUGAGUCCUGGCACGAUUAUUGUUUCAAAUGCACAAAGUGUGCCCGUGGUCUGGCCAACAAGCGCUUUGUUUGCCAUAAUGGAAAAAUUUACUGUGCUGAGUGUCCCAAACGACUGUAAGGAGCAAACAGCAACUGCUGUAAAAUGGAUUUCAGCCCUGCUUUCCAAAACAGUCUUGGUAAAGAAGCAGGUUUUGCAUGCUAAAAAUCUUACCUUUUUUCAUUUUAGCAUGAAAACUAAAAACUAAAGUAACCUAAACAUACUGGGUUUGAUUUUUGAAGCUCCUGCAGUAAGAAUACACAUGCUGUUGCAAAAAGCUAACUUGGCUUUCAAGUAACCUUAGUAUAAAGGCUUAAAAUGCCACUUCAGUUUUAGGUUUAGCCUUAGAGAUCCCAAUACUAUAUAAUCUGCAUGUGUAGCCUAAACUAAAACAAAGCUGGUUUUAAACUUGUCUGGUAUAUUUAAGCUUGGCACUUAAAUGAAUUUGGUUUGACAAGGCAUGUACAAGCCUCAGUAUCUUGCACCCAGGAUGAGAGAGAUUAUUAUUAUGCAUUUACAGUACAGGUACAUUACAUAUAUCACACAAUUAAUAGCAGGUCAAUAAUAAAUACCUUACAUUAUCCUACCACAUUGAAUUGCAGCAAGUGUAUGGAAUGGCUUUGUCUUACAUAUAAUAUUUUGGCAGUAGGAUUUAGCUUUAGUUAGUUCCCAUAAACAUGUUUUAGUCUUGAUUUCUGCAUGGUUUGUCCAAAAGUUUUGCUCACCAGCUUUUUUACAUCACUGUUUAAAUGAGGUUUUUCUAUAUGCAAUUACUAAUCCAUUAGUAAAAAUGUCUUUGAACUACAGCAAAAUGCACAGGCAUUUAGAAGUGCCUUGAAGUAGCUCAGACAAUCAUAGCUCUCCUAUCAUGUCAGUGUACGUUUUAUGAUUUAAUAAAAAUGAGACUAGUGCUUGUUUGGAGUCCUA